AUGUAUUCCAAAAGCAGGGUUGAAAUGAAAGGAGCUCAGCGGUUCCAAUCAAACGAGGAAAGAGUUCCAAAAGCUGGGGUUGUUUCAGAGAAGUCCCUUUCCCGCGAGUGCUUGUCUAGUGAAUUCCGUGAGGGGUCGAUUCUGACAGGGGCUGAGAAAGGGAUCCAACUUACCAGAUUGGGAAAUGAAACCAGAGCCGGGUUGCGGAGUCUAGGUCUGGAGCUGGGCCUGUCAGCUGGUAAAGCGAAAACUGGAUCUCUACUGCCCAUCUCUCUUUAUACCGACCCGGUGGCCGAAGCACCUCGUGCAGGGGGAUGCGUGCCUCCUGGGACCUCCGAUCCCGCAGCCAAUUCCGCUCCUGCUGCUGACGAGCUUACCACCGCCAUCUUUGAUCUGAGGCAUACCGCCUCCCUUGCUCUGUCAUAUGAAAGCUCUGAUCGAUCUCGGGCAUCUGCUUCCCUCGCUGAGCUCAAAAUAAAAACCUGUACAGCAAGACGAGCGCAAACAGGGCCUCGAAGUGGACGAGUUCCAGGAUUCCCGUCAGAUAUCUAUCACCCGGCCAUGGCAAGAGACUUCCACGUAUCCCCCGGCUCUUUACCAUUUGGCUUAGCGUAUAAAGUCAGUCAGUCCGGGCAGAGCCCAUUGUCAAAUGUUGCAGUUUCCUUGUUGCCAGUAGUCGUAGGCGCUAUGAUAAUUGCCCUCUUCCAUUCAACAGAAGCGGAAUGCCAAGAUCUUAAGCACAGCACUUCAGAUAGUGGCAGCAAAACUCCCCUUUCGGAUCUCAUUCUACAGAAAAUUGGAAUCAUCUUUUCGUCUAUAGUGGGAUUGCAGGAAGAAUUAGAUAUAUAUAGGGACUUUUCAAGUUUUUCAUCAAUAUCCAAGCUGGAAUCAUAG